GGCCCGCCCAGCCGACGCACGAAGCCGUGCGACACGCGCACCUUCCCCCGCGCGCUCAGCCACGCACCGCCCUUCGCUUACUGGUUGGGCAGGCGCGCACGCCCGCACGCCUACCUCGCUUGAGAUGGUGCUGCUGUCUGGGACCCACGGGAGGCCGCGCAGCAGCCGAGCCGCAUGCAUGCUGCUCGGAGCGUUGCUGGGCUCGCUCCUGCUCCUUGCACCGCCGGCGGCAGGUUCCACACUUCAGCAGCCGGAGGCGCAAGUGCCACCUCGUGUAGCCGGCGCGCGGCGGGCUCUGCGCCAGCUCGGCACACUGAACCGGCCGCUGACUCUUGGCUACGGGGUGCAGGGGCCCAUCUCGAGGACGGCAAAGCUGGCGGAGGCACCCCGACCGUCCGGCUUCCCUAGCGCAACCAUUGCAAUUGAUGCCCUCAACGCCACCGGGGUCUCAAACUUUAUCGGCAAUGACACAAUUGCAACCAUCUUCGCACCCGAGGACAACGCCUUCAUCCGCCUGGCGCCCAUCCUCAACAUCACCACCCGCUGGCAGCUGUUCACGCACCCGCUCGCCGCCAACAUCACAGAGCUCCACAUCAUACCGGGUGUGGCACUGCGCAGCCUUGACAUCCCCCUGGACACCACACUGAACGAGACCUCGCUGCUGGGGCCCACACUGGAGAUCACACGCAGCGGGCGGCGUGCAAUCAGGGUAAAGGUGGCUGGCACCAACAUGACCGCAGAUGUGGUCCGCGCUGACAUCCGGUUUGAAUCGUCCAUCGUGCACAUCAUCGACAAUGUUCUGCUACCGCCGCCGUAAGGAGGAGCUGGAGCCGGCCGCCGUCGCUUGGGUGCAAGCAGUGGUGGAGCGCAUUAAUCCGAAUUACCGCAAGUUUGCAAAGUAAAGCCGCCACGCGCGGGGCUAGUCUAGGAUCGUCACAAGCGCCCACAUUGGUGGUGCCUGUGUCACACUCAAGUGGGGCGACUCCCCUGGCGCCAUGUUGGUGAUAAUGUUGUCAGUUGCAGCUUGAUGGCGCUGUAUGCAAUUGAUAUCGUCGUUGCAUUGCGGGGCUUGUGCCAGGCGAGACCCUGCGAGACAAGCUGUGCGAGUAGUGGGUCCGGCCGCAGUGUUGAGGGAGGCUUGAUAGAUGUGGCCUACCUAGCGGCAGGCUGAAGCGCAACCGUGUCAUUUGCAGUUUGUUACAUGCUCCAUCCAUUAGGACCCAUCGGGCGCGUGGCUUAAUGCUGUGUGCACACGUGAAAAUGGCAGAAGCUUGAACGCUAAGAAG